ACUCGCGAGCAUUAUUCACGGAAUAUUUCUGAUAUAUUAGUUCACUUAGUUAUCUUAAAAUUAUUUUUUAAACAACGAUGAACAAUACAUCUAACAACUUCAGAAUGCCUUAUCUGCAGGCGAUUCAAAGUGUACCGGGCAAUACCGCAAGUGAAAAGCUAAAAUGGAUCGGGAAAUUAGCGUCGCACUGCGAAGAUGUCAUUGGAAGUCUCGACAAACUUUUUCCAAUACUACUGCCUAUAUUGCAAGUGGAAACUGCAAUAAAACGCAAGCGACACAAGGAUAUUACAUCGGCUUUGAAGUCCGACGAUUCGACAAUCGUGCGUCGAGCUCUUAAAGCUUCUUGGUUUUUCGAUGGUGGACAUGAGAUCGUCGACGUUGAGUACUUUUGCGAACGUAUCUUUCCUUUCGUUUCUCUGCAUACAAAGACUCGUAUAGUAAAGACGCUUGCACGCCGAAUGAAAAAUCCGGUGUUCGCGCAAAAAAUGUUUACGGCAGUCGCAUCCGCUUACGACGUUGAAACCGCCUCACCAUUGAUAAUGGCAUGCGAUCAGGAUUUUAUCUAUAAAACAAUCAUGAAUAAGAAACUCAAACUGUCCAUCAAAAUUCUGAAAAGAAUUUUUCAUGGAAUGAUUUAUUACUUAAACAAGUUUCCGGAGGAAAAAAGACUCGACUUGCUCUGUAAGACCUAUAAUGACAUUUUUCAACAAGAUUUUCUUGAAGACAUCAGUAAUGUGUCUGAUGAAGUGUUGCAAUUAUUACCAGUCAAGCAAAGGAUUGAAUACGCCAGAAGAUUCAUGAACAUUGAGCCCUCUGAUGACGCGCUGAACUUCAGGCUUAUUCAUAAUAUGCCAAUCGCGGAUCUGAUUGACAUAUUGCUAUUAGCAAAUGAGAAUUCUAUAAAGUUCAACAUACUUACAGAUUAUCCACAGUAUGAGAGAAAGUGCCUUGCAGUUUUCUUAGAUGUUAUUGAGAAGAAAUAUUAUACCGGCAACUGGCAACAAGAAUUACAACUGGAAGUCAGAAAGGAAAAAAAGAAGAAAUUAAAGAGACUAGUUGCAAACAAGAAAAAAGAACAAGGAGAAACAUCUUUAAACGAGGAGGAGGAAGAAUUCGAAGAGGCAUUACAAGGAAUGGGAAAAAAAACGAAAAAAAUCUUUUUGUACCAGUUGAUUGUGGCAAUGUACGAUUUCAAUUUAAAAUGCAAAAAAAUGGGUAUAGAUGAAGAAUUAAUGACAAUUAAAGAUUAUCCUUGGCUAAUGAAUGCUAUUCGCGUAAUAAUGCGCAAGACAGAUUUUAUUUUGCAAAAGAAGAUGCAUAUUCUGUUGUAUAAGUAUGAACCAGAAUUGUAUCGCAGUUGGUUCCUGUCGACUACGUCGAAGAACAUCGCUGACGUAACAUCGGGCGCAGCGCUUCUUCUACUGAAGAAGGAUUUUCAGAGUGUACUGAACAAUUGGGAAGAAUAUUUGUCGGAUUGCAAAAUACAUUAUUAUCACAAGAACGUGCAACGUUUUGUCAGAGCUACUCGUUGGUACAAGGAUAUUCCUGUUAAAUUUGCCGAGCGUUGUAUAGAAGAUUUACAUGGGAAAGACGAAAGGGAAAUGUCGUCUGCUUUGAUUAUCCUCAGCCUUUUGCUCCAAGAUAAUUCACUGGAAAAACUGAUUUGUCCAUUUAUCCCCGCUGUAGAAACAGUAAUGAACAGUUACAGACUCGUGCGUGGUUUAGAUUUUGCUAUGAGGUUCUCCAAUCCGUCGUUGCCUCUUAAACCCAUCGGUGAAUUGUGCAAAGGAAAUCAUCUAUCGAUAGUGCUAAUGACAUUAACGAGUGUAAUCAGGCGAUCCUCUUCAAAGGAAGUGAUGUCAUUUGCGACAGAAGUGGAAAGCCUGAACGUCAAUGUUCAAAAACAUUGGAUCAAGCUGAUGUAUUCAACAGCAUCCAUACAUGAUUUAACGAUUUUUCUUUACAAGGUGUGGCAGACUGAAAAGCAUCAUUCAAUACGAAAACUUUUAUUUAUAAUGAUCCAGAAAUUAUUCCGUACGAAACCACACCCGAAAACCUUUUCUCUAUGUCACACAAUCAUGUCAACGUUGACGGUCGAAGACGAAAAACUGCUACGCAUGGAGGAACUGUCACCCGAUUUUAUUCCCGACAAGUACUUCGUGGUAUAUUAUGACCAGUGGUUCAAAACAAUAGAAAAUCUGAGUGCAAGUGGUCUGAAAACUGAGAUUGUAAAACAGCACAUUGAGAUUGGUUUGGCACAUCUCCUUUUAUACAUAGACAACCCUUUGUCCAGAGAUGACAUCAACGAGAUUUUCCUAAUGUUAUUAUUUUGCAAUAAUAUUACUAUAUCUAAAGCAACGUGCCAUUUCCUGGUAUGGUUCUGUUUAAACUUUUAUGACUAUGCGUACUUUAACUUAAUCGACGAUAUUUUUUCGUUCUAUGUGAAGAAGAACCGCUACAAGUUUCAUCAUAACAAUGCAGAUUUUUAUCUAACGAAUCUCGUCGUACAUCGAUUUGUGAACGAAUUUAUCAUUAGCUACGUCAAGUUGCGCGACAAUAAAUAUUAUGAUGUGCAACUCAUCCACCAAACAUAUGAGGCAUAUUUAUCGGUGCUGUCACCCGCACAAAAUGCAAAUACUUAUUUACUGUUAAGAUACGCGAUGACGUUGCAGGAGUUCUACAGAUGUUCGUACGGAUUUCAGACAGAAUUUUCCUUUGGUAAAAAACUUGGCGAAAUCAUGAAUGAAUUAGUUGAUAUUUUUACGCUGUACCUAAUACCUUUUAUGAGCGAAGUUUUGCAGUACUUUCUAAAUUAUGUUUUCGAUACGAACUGUCGACAGGCUACAAAGAAUGUAAUACAAGGUCUUAUAAGCGCUGAUAACAUGUAUUCUUCUUUUAUGGCCAUAACGAUAUUAUCGGCACAGAAACGCGGAAACGAUCGUUUUAUGGGAGUGUUAAACGAAAGAUUUUUAUCUUACUCUGCUUCUUCAAUCGUAUUCAAUCAUUGUCGGAACAGUAUAAACUUUAUUGAUGUUGAUUUUGAUGAAUUCGGCGGCCAAUGA